ACCAAAAUCACACAGACUGCGUUUUCACACACACAACGUGACUAGGCAAAAACGAUUCGAACUCUUACAAUUAUUAAGAUAAGUCUUGGUUGUGUUUGUAUUGGUUGAAUCUUUGUUCUUUUACCAACCUUUAAACUCAAGGAAAAGCCAUGUCAGCAGCAGUCAUCGUGCCGUUAUCUCUAGUCGGAGGUUAUGCUGUGAUUUCCAUCUUCUUGUUAAGAUUUCCGAAUCUUAUUCAUCGUAAGAAACAGCUGAAGAUCAAUGCAAGGCUGAUUGCUCAUAGAGGAGGUGCUGGGGAGCAUUUGGAGAACACAAUAACCGCUUAUAAACAUGCCAUGGCAUCAGGAAUGGAUAUGAUUGAGUUAGAUUGUCAGAUUACGAAAGACAAAGAGGUCGUUGUGGCACAUGAUGAUCACCUUCAGAGAGUAACAGGUGUCGAUGCAAACAUAAGUGACUUAAACUUCAAGGACCUGCCUCCGAUUUCACGAACACUUGCUGUACAUUUCUGCAAAGGUCAGAGUAUUUGUGGCAGCGCACAUGACAGAAAGAUUCCCCUUUUACGAGAAGUGUUUGAGACAUUUCCUGAUGUGCCAAUUAAUUUAGACAUUAAGAGAGACGAAGAUGACCUCAUUAACAAGGUGCUAGAGAUGAUUUGUGAAUUUGAGAGAGAAGAGAUUACGGUUGUUGGAAACUUUUCAGAAAACAUCGUAAAAAAAUGUCACCAACGAGGCCAUAAGCACCCCCUCGUAUUCAGCAUGAGUGGGAUUCGUAAGCUCCUCCUACUUUUCUACUCUGGACUCCUCCCCUUCUGUUCCCUCAAAGAAAGCUUUGUUGAAAUUCCUAUGGGGUCUGUCAUCAUGAUAAAUUUUGGCAUUGAGAAGAAAUGGAUGAAAGCUAUAAUCUGGUUCCUGGACUUCUUAUUGGUCAAUAGAGUAAUGUUUAGACAUCUACAAAGACGAGGAAUAAAGAUUUACGUGUGGGUUCUGAACAGUGAGGAACAGUUUGAUCGAGCAAUGCAUGUUGGAGUGGACGGUAUCAUGACAGAUUAUCCCAUCAAACUAGCCGAGUAUAUGCGCCAGAAUGGGCAUCUAGCUGACACAAUUCAUGAGAAUAAUGACAACUAUCAAACAUUUGAGAAUGAGGCGGAUAAUUGAAGAAACUUGAGUGUUAGUAAUGAUGGAUUUAUGAUGAGAUUGUCUCAAUAAUUCUUUCCCAUGAAACAUGCUAUUUACACGCUACGUUUGUAGAUGAUCUUCCCAUCAAGGGGGACUCGGCAAACUCCUACAAGGGGAUAAGGCUGCACAACCAGAACGUUUUUUUUUAAACAGAAACAAUUUUCAAACCAGUUGUGUUAAAGUUAUGUGAUGUGCAAUUAACAUAUUUCUUGGGUAAGGAUCUAUUGGUGCAGAGGUACAUGUAUUAAAGGGCCAAAUGCAACUAUUUAAUUAUUAGUGUUUUUAAAGUUUGUUUUUAUUUAUAGAAACAGAAUUUAAUAUUUAACUGGCUGUUUGAGACUUUCAACUUAAUUUGUCACCAGUUUGUGAAAUCGCUAAUAAUUUGUGACGCUCCCAUGACAAAAUCGAGCAUUAAGAGUAGAGACAACUGAAACCCAUAUAGGCAAAAAUUAGGUGUUAUUUGACAGCUCUCAUUUUCAGCUAGUUGACGAGCAAAUUAAGCCAGUUUUGAUUUUUUGCAGGAAAUUGUCUGGUGUUGGUAUCGAUUGUCACCUAAUUUUUAGAGAAAAAGUGCCCUUAUUUCAGUCAACUAUGAAUAUUUUUUAGCAUUUUGUUUAUACUUUUAGAUUUUUUUAUAUGAUUUAUGUACCGUGACAAUUAAAAUGUACACACACAUGACACAGCACAAACAUAAAUGUUGCUGUAUUUGGUUCUUGUUUAUUUUUUAUAAAUCUGUCUUGGUUUAGCAUCGGAGCUUUACCCAUUACAGGUAAUGACCAAACUUCUAUGAGGGAAUUUACACUUCGAUCGUCACAGGCAAGGAAAAGAAAAAAAUAUUUAUAGUGUUGCAAUUGUACAAAUUUUUCAGAUAACUUAACACAAAACAGUGGUAUUAGAAGGUUUUGUUAAAAAAAAACUUUAAAAAAACUACCAAAAUAAUGGUUCACUAGAGUUUUAGAUCUCGUGUAUUUAUUAAAAACAAGUGCAGUAAUUUACAAUAUGUAAUUUGUAUAAAUAAGAGGAUAUUUUGUGAGUUUUUAACCCAAAUGUUUUUGAUGUAAAUUGAUAUAAGGCUCGUGCUGAGUAUGGCUUGGUAUUAAUUUUUCUUAUACCUAAAUUAUUUACGGGUUAUUUUGGCGUUUGCCUUCAUUUUCUCCCUUCUAACACAAGGGAUAAAGCCCAAUUUUCACAGGUUUGUUAUUUCUUGUUUUGAUUGAUCACACUAAACUGCAACUAUUAUGUCAGCUCUACCAACCCUGUAUAAUGUAUAAUGGGUGCGUUCAUUUAGCUUCCCUGGGUCACCCCGGUACGUUCGAAUAGCUUUGACGUCAUUCCA